AUGGUGGCGGUAUCGGGAAUGCCAUUGCCUAUGCUUUUAAACUUAGCAUUCAUGACCAUGUUGGCAACAAGAGGAAUGGCGCAACUGUUGCUGCCACCAUUUCCUUUUCGCCGAAGUCAGGUGUCCCAGGACUGGUACCUUGGCAGCCUGGAGAAGUACAAAAAUGCUGGUCAUCUCUUGCCAGCACAGAAGGAUGUAUCAUGGAGGUUUAUUCUUCACUCUUCCGUGGCCAGGUGGUCAUUAUUGGCCCUGCUUGUUGCCAGGCCAUUACUCAAAUUAAGGAUAAUUGUUGGCCUAAAAUGUUCCCCUUCAACCCUUUUCCCUCCAUUGCUCAGGACUUCUUGUUCAGCUACACCACCUGCAGGAACUUUGUUGAAUGACAUCAGCAAGCUUUCUGCGACAGAGUUAUUACCAGUGCUGCCCGGAAACGAAGUUGCAGAAUGCUGGUCUUCUCUUACUAACAGUAAUGGCUGUUUAUUGGAGAUUUUUAAGUCACUUUCCAGUGGUCAAAUUGGUGCUAUUGGUCCUGCUUGUUGCAAGGCAAUCACAGAAAUCAAAGACAAUUGCUGGCCUAAGUUGUCCCCUUUUAACCCAUUCUUCCCUCCAUUGCUCAAGAACUCCUGUGCUGAUAUCGGUGGCCCUGCACCAGCACCUAAGUGA